AUGUAUACCAAUUUCGUUUUUCUCCCUAAUAUAAAUUAUAACUCCGAUAAAACCCAUUCUCAUGAGAAGCGGGUCCUGUUCUCGUCGACGAACAAGCAUCCCAUACUCCGUCGGACGCCGUCCACCGUUGUCAGCCCUGCGUGGUUUUUCUCUGGAAAACUGGGAAGAAGUGGAGAGGCAGAGAAAGCAGUGGAAAUGGGAACUUGCGGAUGGCCUUCUUCUCCUUCUUUAGGCAUAGUAUGCUCUUCAUUAUCUCUGCUUCCUCCACCAUUUCAUCCGGCUCUGGUUUCAUGCCCACUGCGUCAGCCUAAAAUUUUUCUAUACUCAUUUGACAAAACCCUUCGCCAGAUCCAGAAUUCUAGAGCCAUAUCUUGUCUCUGUGCCAACAGUGCGGAAGUGGCAUCGGAUGCUGUACGUGCUGCAAAAGCAGGUUCUAUGGUAGCAGGUAAAGGAGCUUCUUGCAAUGACUCUAAGAAUUUGAAAUUACUUUGCAACCCUGACAAUUCUAUUCUAAUCAUCGAUCAAGUUGAUGACAUUAGUUGCCCAUUUGAAACUCAUCAACGGACAUCACUUGUUGAUCUCUUGAAAGUUUGUGAGGAAUGGGGGUUACUCCAAGAGGCUAAGUCUAUUCAUGGGUAUGUCUUAAAGUCAAAAUUCUCAGACCAGGAUUGCUUAGUGUUGUUAAAUCAUGUAAUGCAUGUGUACUCAAAUUGCAUGGAUUAUGAUGCUGCUCAUAGGGUGUUUUAUGGUAUGUCUCAGAGAAAUGUAUUCUCUUGGACAGUCAUGAUAGUUGCAUCAAAUGAACAUGGUUAUUAUUUUGAUGGAAUAGUGCUCUUUUCUAUGAUGCUGGAACAAGGAGUCUUGCCUGAUGGGUUUGCCUUUUCGGCUGUUUUACAGUCAUGUGCUGGCUUAGGUUUCAUUGAGUUGGUUGAGAUGGUGCAUGCCCAUGUUGUUAUAAGAGGUUUUCUAACUCAUACGGUUGUUAGUACAUCGCUUCUCAACUCAUAUGCAAAGUUAGGGAAGAUUGAGAGUUCAUCUAAGGUGUUUCAAACCAUGGCAGAACUUAAUGUUGUUUCUUGGAAUGCUAUGAUUUCAGGAUAUACCUCUAAUGGUAUGCAUGCAGAAGCCUUUGAUUGCUUCACUGACAUGGUUGAAUCAAGGAUCACACCAAAUAACUUGACCUUCAUUAGUGUUUCCAAGGCUGUUGGGCAGUUAGGCAAUGUUAACAAGUGUCAUGAAAUUCAUAGAUUUGCAUCUAAAUGGGGAUUGGAUUCCAAUACUGUAGUUGGAACUGCUCUGAUUGAUAUGUACGCUAAGUGUGGGUCUCUAACUGAUGCUCAGUUUCUUUUUGACUCCAAGUUCAGAUUUUGUCAAAUUAGCACACCUUGGAAUGCAAUGUUAGCAGGUUAUUCACAAUCUGGUUCUCACCAUGAAGCUUUGGACUUGUUCACAAGAAUGCGUCAAAAUGAUGUCAAAUCAGAUAUUUACACAUUUUGUAGUGUGUUCAACUCCAUUGCUGCUUUGAAGCAUCCGAAAUUCUUAAGGGAGGCUCAUGCUGUGGCUUGGAAAUAUGGACAUGAUGUGAUGAAAAUUAGUACAUUGAAUGCCCUCACUGAUGCAUAUGCCAAAUGUGAGUCACUUGAAGAUGUAGAGAUGCUAUUUGAUAGAAUGGAAGAGAAAGAUAUAGUGUCCUGGACUACUUUGGUGACUGCAUAUUGUCAAUUUUCUGAGUGGGAGAAAGCCUUGAUCAUCUUUUCACAGAUGCGCAGAGAAGGCUACGUCCCCAAUGAUUUCACCUUUUCUAUUGUGAUCACUGCAUGUGCUGGUCUUUGUUUAUUAGAAUUUGGUCAGCAAAUUCAUGGAUUGAUAUGCAAGGCCAGCCUGGUUACUGAAGCAUGCAUUGAAAGUGCUCUAAUUGACAUGUAUGCCAAAUGCGGUAACCUAGUUGAUGCAAAGAAGGUAUUUGAAAGGAUCUCUAAUCCUGACACAGUUACAUGGACUGCCAUAAUAUCAGCUUAUGCUCAACAUGGUCUUGUUAAAGGUGCCCUUCAGUUCUUUAGGAAGAUGGUGCAAUGCAGUGCCAAGCCAAAUGCUGUUACAUUAUUAUGUGUUAUUUUUGCUUGUAGUCAUGGAGGAAUGGUUGAGGAAGGUCUGAACUUUUUCCAUCAAAUGGAGGAUAUCUAUGGUGUGGUACCAGAAAUGGAACACUAUGCAUGUGUUGUUGAUCUCUUAGGUCGUGUUGGCCGGUUAAAUGAGGCAAUGGAGUUCAUAGGGAUGAUGCCAAUUAAGCCCAAUGUGAUGAUUUGGCAGACAUUGUUAGGAGCUUGUAGGGUCCACAGAAAUGCAGAGCUUGGGGAGAUUGCUGCUCAAAAUAUUCUAUCCACUAAGCCAGAGUAUCCUGCUGCUUAUAUUCUUCUGUCCAAUACAUACAUGGAAUCAGGUCUAUAUGAAGAUGGGGUUAGCUUGAGAGAUGUUAUGAAAGAACGAGGCGUGAAAAAGGAACCAGGAUAUAGUUGGAUUUUCGUGAGAGGUGUGGUCCAUAAGUUUCAUGCUGGAGAUGAACAGCAUCCACAGAAGGAUGAAAUUUACACUAUGUUAGACAAGUUGAUGACGAAUAUCAAGUCCAUCCAUUAUGAAAUGGAUUUCAGUUUAUUAUCAUAGUAUACUAAUCGAAAUUAGUGAUUAUGUUAAUGGGUAAGCGAUUAGGAAAAGAAAAGGUGAUGGAAGAGAAUGACUUGAAGGAUGGCUGAAAUUUAGCCAGAAGUGUCCAUUUGCUUAUGUAGAAUCGUUAAUUUAUUCAACUUGUAAACCAAUGAUCAUUCUCAAAUUGAUAGGAUCAAUUUUGCCCGGUAUGAUGUAGCUAGAAUUUCAGUAUUAAAAAAAGAAUGCAUUGGUUUUUUA